CGCCUGCUUAACCUUGCUGAGCUGACCCCAUACAUCAUGUGUUCCAUUUGCAAAGGUUACUUAAUAGAUGCAACCACCAUCACAGAAUGUCUUCAUACCUUUUGUAAAAGCUGCAUUGUAAGACAUUUUUACUAUAGCAACAGAUGCCCAAAGUGUAGCAUAGUUGUCCACCAGACACAGCCUCUUUAUAACAUAAGGUUGGACCGACAAUUACAAGACAUAGUAUACAAAUUAGUGGUCAAUCUAGAGGAAAGAGAAAAAAAGCAAAUGCAUGAUUUCUAUAAAGAAAGAGGUCUAGAAGUACCCAAACCUGCUGUUCCACAACCAGUCCCUUCAAGCAAAGGAAAAACUAAGAAAGUCCUAGAGUCGGUGUUCCGUAUUCCACCUGAACUUGAUAUGUCUUUAUUACUUGAGUUCAUUGGUGCUGAUGAAGAUAGAGGACAUUUUAAGCAUUCACUGAGAUUUGAGCCAUUGGAAAAGAAGUUUGUGCGUGUUUCAGGAGAAGCGACUAUUGGGCAUGUAGAGAAAUUCCUUAGAAGAAAAAUGGGUCUUGAUUCAGCUUGUCAGGUAGAUAUCAUCUGUGGUGAUCACUUAUUGGAACGAUACCAAACUCUACGGGAAAUCCGACGUGCAAUAGGUGAUGCAGCAAUGCAGGAUGGUCUGCUUGUUCUUCAUUAUGGUCUUGUGGUUUCUCCUUUGAAAAUAACUUGAAGAUGCAAGGGUAUAUGAAGAGGGGAAAGCAGUAAGGAGGCUUCUGCUGGUCUGCAUCACACCAAAGAUUCUCAAGAAACAUGUAGCCACCACUACUUUGCGCUGUUAAAGAGCUAGCUUCUGUUUUCCACACCAGAACCCUAGCAUUGUAUUGCAACUUGAAACAAUAGAAUGUAUUUGCUACACUAGAGACUAUGUAAAAAGCACUCAAAACUCAGGGGAAAAAGCUGUAAACACUGAAUUUUAAAAUUCCUUGUGAUUCCAAAUACAAGGAAGUUGCUAGUUGCUUCUCAUCUUUGAGGUAGGUUGGUCAUUUGGCAGCUAGGAUUCUGCCCUCCAGGCUGCAUGGGUUGGGUGGGUGUCCUUGGAGAACAGCUUUGCUUUGAAUUCAAAGCCAAUCCGUUAAACCGAAGGGUGCACUCAGCACCAGAACUACUGACCAUUUACACGAUCUGUCCUAUUCUAAAUGUUAGAGAAACAAAUAGAGAUCCUAUUAAAGCAAUGCUAUUCAGCUCUGAGACAGUGGAGAGACUGUCUCCUGUUAGAUAUGGCUCUCAACAUCCCUUAAAUACAAGGUGCUUCUUUGUGAUGGUUUAUCAGUGCCACUGGGACAGUUGUCACAGGGUUCCCCCAGUGUGGCUGUUGAUAAUGGCACUUGUAGCUUCUAAAGGUAGCAGAAAAUUUCAGGUGAAUUAACAGAAGUUUACAGGGUCCUUACUGUUUUCUCAGUCACUCAGCUUAACUGGUUCUGUGUUUAAUGUUUGUUCCCUUGUCCCUGGGAUAAAGAAUGAGAGUCUCUGAGAACCCUGCUUUCACAAAGACUUAAUUUUAACCAUUAUUUUGCCUAAAAUUAGCUUCCUGAUGCUUUCUAAAAGAAAUAUUUUCUAGACUUAUUUCACAGCAAAAUUUCCAAAUCUGUACAGAAACUUAAAAAAUUGGACUUACAUUGACAAUUGUUUUGUAAAGAACUUAAUGAAUUGUGUGUAAAUCUCUUCUAACUUUAAUAAAAAUUUAUUU